AUGAAUUUUGAUCAUUUAAGAAUAUAUAAUUGUGUAUUUAGACAUUGUCAAUCAGGUGUUUAUUUCCAAGCUUCCAAUAAUUCUAUAAUUGAUCAUUGUUUAUUUGAAGAUAUUGGUGAAACUGCUGCAGGUUUUGGCGGUUGUUUGUAUACAGGAAUUAAUAAUUCUAUCUUUAAUUCAUGCCAUAGAGUAAGUCACGAUGGACAAGCUAUUAAUUAUUGGGCAGAAAAUGAUUAUACUUUUGUUACAAAUUGUGAUAUUUCUAAUGGUGCUUCGUCAGGAAUUCAAUUUGGACAUAAUAAUGAAUACGAUGUUGAUAAGGUUAGACAUACAUUAGUUCAAAAUAAUCAUAUUCAUCAUCUUGGAUUUAAGAAAGUUGAUGAUAUUGCAGGAGUUUUCUUCGGAAGACAUCCAAAAGGUGUUAUUUUAGGUCAUAAUUGUGUUCAUGAUGUAAGAACACAUAAUUACUGCGGAAAUGGUCUUUACGCAGAUACAGGAAGUAGUGGUGCAAUAUGGAGUAAUAAUUUAAUUUAUGAUGUUGAUAAUAACGCGUUAAACUUGAAUUAUGGUAUGAAUCAUAUUAUGGUAAAUAAUAUACUUGCUUUCGCAGAAUUCGGCAUUUCAUAUGGUGAGAAUGCUCAUAGUGAAACAUGGACAAUUAAUGCAAGUAGAAAUAUCUUUUACAUGGGUAAAGGAAAUAAGACAUAUCUUGGUAAUUACUUGAAUGGAAGAGAUACGAAUUAUCUUGAUAAUAAUUUAUUCUAUAGUACAGAAACAAAUGAUUUUAAGUUCUUAGAUAAGAAUUUUACUGAAUGGAAAGAAAAAGGAUUUGAUGUUAAUUCAGAAAUUGGAAAUCCACAUUUCGUAAAUCCAGAACAAAGGAAUUUUGCUUUUACAGAUGAUUCAAAAGAAAUUUUAGAUAAAAUUGGAUUUGAACAAUUUAAUUUAACAUUUGGUGUUAUUGAUGUUGAUGCAAAUGAUCAUUGGAGAGAAAAAGCAGCAUCAUAUACUUAUCCACCAAAUCUAGUUCAAUAUCCAAGAGUUCCUUUUAUUGUUGAUGAAUCAUUUGAAAGAGGAGAUCAAACAAAUUUCAUGAAGCGAGCAAUAUUUUAUACAAAUGGAAAUACAAUGGCAAUAUCAGAUGAAAAAGCACAUAUAGGAACACAUUCUCAUAAAUGGGUUGGUGAUGUUACAUUGAGUCUUCCAUGCAAAUUUAAAGAAGGACAUGGAGAAAUUGAAUUUUACUUCCUUCCAAAUGAAAAUUGUGACACGAUACUCGAUUUUGGAGUGGAAUCAUGGGUCUUCAUCAAGAAUGGACAAAUAAGUUAUCCAUAUGGUACAAAGAUAGCUGAAUACACAGUAAAUCAAUGGACACAAAUCAAGUUUGAAAAAUUCUUCAACUUAACAGUUAAUGGUAUUAAGUAUAAUUUAUCAUAUGUUAACUCUAAUUAUGAAGAACUAGAAUAUGCUAGAAUUUCAAGUGUCAAAGACACAAUUUACAUGGAUGAUAUUCAUAUAUUCAUUGAUACUCCAGAUCAUCCAUUCUUUGAAAAUGAAAAACUUAUUUUAAUCAAUCAAAUAUCAGGUGGUAAUGACGAUGAUAAUGAUCAUAAGAAUGAUGGAGAUGAUAAUGAUCAUAAGAAUGAUAAUGAUGAUAAUGAUGGAGAUAAAAAUGAUAAAGAUAAUGCAGAUAAUUCUGAAGGAAAAUCAGGAUUAGGCGCUGGCGGUAUUGUUGGAAUUGUUUUUGCAGCUUUGAUUGUUACUUCAAUAGUUAUUGUUAUUACAAUUGUUUACAUUAGAAAACACAGGAGUGAUGAUGAAGAAACUGUAGGAAUACAAUUAGUAUAA